AUGCCACCGAAAGGGAUGAGCUGGGCGGAUCUGGUGAGAAAAAACGGAUCCAGCAAGGGCAACGGUGGAGCCAAAGGUGAUGCAAAAGGCAGAUCCACAGAAAGUCUGCCUUCAAGUCCCGAAAUGGGACCAGACAAAACAACGGCCCCGAGUGCAAGCAACGAUCUCCAGUUUUCACGUGGGACUGUUGGCUCAAGCGGUGCUGGUAGUUCUGAAACAGCAAUGCACAGGCCAGAGACCGAGCGUGCAGAUGAAUCCAAGGGACCUGCACACUGGAAAGAACCUGGUCACAGAAAAGGAAACAAAGGCUGGGCAAAAGGAUCAAAAGGGAAGCAGCCCACAAAUCCUCGCGAAGUCCGGGUGCCCAAGACCUCAGGAAAAGGAAGCCCCCCUUCUAGUCCAGAGCCACAAGAAAGGGAGGAAGCCUGCGCACAAGAACCCGAGCCUGCGAAUGCCCACCAAAGUGCUGGAGCGGAGGAGUCGCAGCCUUCCAGCAAGGCUUCAACUCCGAGGGAGGAGUCGGCGCAUCCCAGUGGUUCCUGCAGUGCGAGGAGCUCAGAACUCCUGGAGAAGCAAGAGCCGGAGCCCGCAGAGCCAGAAGAGCCCACAGAGCGCGCAGAGCCAGCAGCGCCAGCAGAGCCGGCAGAGCGUGCAGAAGCAGCAGGGGAAUCGAAAACAAAGACAGUCCUGACGGGCUGGGCGAAAUUAUUUGGAGGACCCAGUGCAGCAGACCCGGCUCCCAGAAAGGGAAGCAAGGGCUCUUCAAAAGGAUCAAAAGGCAAGCAGCCCACAAAUCCUCGCGAAGUCCAGGUGCCCAAGACCUCAGGAAAAGGAAGCCCCCCUUCUAGUCCAGAGCCAGAAGCAAGGGAGGAAGCCUGCGCACAAGAACCUGAGCCUGCGAAUGCCCACCAAAGUGCUGGAGCGGAGGAGUCGCAGCCUUCCAGCAAGGCUUCAACUCCGAGGGAGGAGUCGGCGCAUCCCAGUGGUUCCUGCAGCGCGAGGAGCUCAGAACUCCUGGAGAAGCAAGAGCCGGAGCCCGCAGAGCCAGAAGAGCCCACAGAGCGCGCAGAGCCAGCAGCGCCAGCAGAGCCGGCAGAGCGUGCAGAAGCAGCAGGGGAAUCGAAAACAAAGACAGUCCUGACGGGCUGGGCGAAAUUAUUUGGAGGACCCAGUGCAGCAGACCCGGCUCCCAGAAAGGGAAAGAAGGGCUCUUCAAAAGGAUCAAAAGGCAAGCAGCCCACAAAUCCUCGCGAAGUCCAGGUGCCCAAGACCUCAGGAAAAGGAAGCCCCCCUUCUAGUCCAGAGCCACAAGAAAGGGAGGAAGCCUGCGCACAAGAACCCGAGCCUGCGAAUGCCCACCAAAGUGCUGGAGCGGAGGAGUCGCAGCCUUCCAGCAAGGCUUCAACUCCGAGGGAGGAGUCGGCGCAUCCCAGUGGUUCCUGCAGUGCGAGGAGCUCAGAACUGGAGAAGCAAGAGCUGGAGCCCGCAGAGCCAGUUGAGCCAGCAGAGCGAACCGGCCAAGAAGCCCGGGUGAAGGGGGCAGGAAAAGGAGGGCUUCCUUCAACUUUGGAGCCAGCGCCAAAGAUCACGGAGGCAGCCAGUGCUUUGGCGGGGAAGCAGGAAACAUUGGAGUCCCAGCCUUCCAGCAAGGCUGCGACUCAAAGGGACGAUUCACCGCAUGUCAGCGCUGAGUCCAGCAGUGCGAGUAGUUCUGGACCGCCAGAGCCAGCGAAGGAGGAAGGACCUCGAGACCAAGCGGUGAACGGACCUGCAAUCUCAUUUGAGGAUGGAACUGAAGAUGGAGAGGGAUCCGAGGAUUUGUCCAACAAGCUAGAGUUGGACACAUUUGACUAUAGAACAUUCUACCUGAAUGAUCUUCGAAAUCGAGAUUCGGACACAGAGCCAACAAUUUACGGUUCUGAUUCGGAAUCCUCUGAUGAGGGUUUCUAA